GGGCUGCGUCUGGGUGUGCAAAUACCACAGAAUGCUCCGAUCUCUUGCCGUGGUCCAGAUCAACAUGUAACGGCGCGGGAACCCUACUAAAGUCGCGCAUGCUGUGUGCAAGCUGAAUCACAUGCAGGGAGAGUGACUAACCACGGCACCAGCCACACGUCUCUCCACCACUUCUACCUAAUCGCUCUUACACCGCAUCCUUCAACCACUCAACAACCGCCACCCGCGACAACACCCAUACCCGCCACACUCUUUGGUACAGUGAUCGCCAAACAACUCCCCCAAACACAACUCCGCUUCGCCCCAUACCCUCCACAAUGGUCCUCGGCAAAGUCGCACAUUACGCUUUUGAUGCGGUACUAAUCUCCGCUUUCCUGGCUGGCGUCCGGCGCUCAACCGGCCUCACACCCAGUUUAAAGCCAGAUUCCUUCAGCGAAAACCCCAGCGCCCUCAAGUGGUUUGAAAACUACCUUUGGGUCGGCGAGACCGUCAUGGAUCAGAGCGUCGCCCUAUUCGGUGCCAGCUCGUACUUUGAGCGCAAGCGAUAA